CACUUGUUGUUGAACAACAAGGUACAACAACAGUAGCAAACCAGAUUAAAUGCCUGAGCCUCUAAUUACGUUUCGGUGUCGAAGAACCUGAUUGGCUGUCAAAAAUCAAUCGACAGGUGGCGUGCACGUGCAAUGUUUUAAAUAAUCGCUUCACAACAUAAUCCCACUUCGACCAAGAACAUGUGGUAUCCCUUCCCAAUGCUCAUGCCGUUGUCUCUGUCGCCGGAGCCACAGCGUCCAUCAGAUAUUUCUCAAACGCCCUAUGCAUCAGGGAUGAUUCAGAUGCAUAUGGUACCUUGUGACCAACGUUUCUUUCAAAAUGCAAUGAACGGGUUGGCUGACCCUCCGUCUUUGUCGAUAGAGGACUGCAGGAAAUUCCUUCUCAACAGGUCUGUGUUUGACCUGGUGAAAGUCACCCAUUUCCUGGAGCUGACAGACCCCAAGCUGCUGGGUUGGUACUUAUCGCUGCCUGUGGAGGACAGGAAGCUCAUACAAGAGGAAGGAGGACUCCAUCGGUUUCUGCAGAGGCAUCCGGCUCUGAACGUAGCCAGACAACUAGUUUAUGUGAAACAACAGGUGAGAGGUUGCUGGAAACCUCCUGCUGUUACGCAGACGAUGUCGUCAAACCUAAACAAAUCCAGAAGGCCCACAUUCUAUGGUGUGAUUCAGUGUCCCAACUGUGGAACCAGUUGUUCUUCAGGAGCUAAAAUAUGCCGACGCUGUAGCACACCUAUCCAUAAGGAGAUACCAGCAUGCCAGUCAGAAGAGGAGAAAGAGUUGGGUCUUCUUCCCAACAACGUGAAGGAGGAGCUAAAUCUGUUCAACUGUUCAGGGCACGGAGGAGUCCAGUCAGUCCAAGCCUACCACCAGGUGGAAGCAGGAGCAGUGCAACAGUUCAGGGGAUGUCAGCCUCAGUCCUUUACUACUACUAACUUCCCAUCCACAACAGUGGGCUGUCUGGUCAACCUUCAGGAUAGCUUCCAGUCAGCCUGUGGUGAUACUAGUGGCAGCCAUAUCGGAGCCACAGAGGAUUCUCCAGGCCAACAGGAGGCGCACUUCUCCAAGGUCGAGCUGCUCUCUCAGCUGUGGGAGGAAGGGCGGUGGCAGGAUGGCAACAACUGCAGUAGUGUGGUGGUAUAUAAGGAUCCGUCUGCCCAGACUAGCUUCUCUCUGGAUAUGGAGCUGGAGAUACAAAGCCAUAAAGAAAAAACCCUGAGCCAGUCUGCCAUCAAAAGCCAGGAGGGUGAAUCCAUGGCCAAUUCCAUGCAUGACCAGAUGGCAGACUUCCCCAUGUUGGACCGGGAGACUCCUCCAGAGUACUACAGCUUCAACAGCACUAGGAUGGACCGCACAGAGUGGAACGACACCAGCAUCAACACCAGCCAGUUAGCGGAGCCCGACCGCGACGACUCACUAUCACUCAUGGGGAGCACUGAGCAGCCUAGCGGCGCAGUGGAGUUGGACCCACCUGAAGGCAGUAUGGUGUCUUCCUGCGCUGGAGACCGCAGCGAGUACUGUGAUUGGACUUACGACAACUGCCCCGGCAACCUAGCAAAUGAGGAAGAGGCCUCGAGAUGCGAGCUAGAGAAUAACGGUGUCGACUACCAGAGCCUCAUGAAAGAGGAUGGGAGUAUUCUCAUGUAUAAAGCAAGUAAUGAGGGGACACCUGACUUAAACGUGACACCCCCUCAAGGCCAAACCAAGAUGGACCAGUCUGGUUGGUCUAGAGAGAGUCGCAGUGCACCCCAAAUCCUGAAGAAAGAGGAGCUGUCCGUCUAUGAGGAGUCCUUCUUGUCAAUAAGCCCUGGUGGGGCAUCGGCGGACGUCGUGACCACCACACAGCAUGAGAACAGUAUGUCUGCGUUCUCGCUAGUCAAUCUGAACCAGACUUUUGAUCUCUCGCCUUCACGGGUCACAGAAGCCAGGCUAAGCACAGCCGACCAUUCAACAAAUACUUCGCCUGCCGUCGCUAAACAUGUGUUGGUUGGUAUUGACCACAGUCUAACAGGCUGCAACCGGAACACACAAACUCAGGGCACAGCUACAACUGACAAGUCUGUCAUCACUGAAGUCCACAUGGCAGACCUGGAGUAUCUGACUGAGGAAUUCAUCAAGCUGAAGUUUUCUCAAGAGGAACUGAAAGAGCUGAAAGAGCAAAUGGCAAGCUCUGCAGGCGGUGUGAGUGUGAGAGAUGGAAGAGGCUGCGACAACGCGAGCCGUGGUGAAUGUGACUGUGGCCAGCGUGCAACGCGGGCAGAGCUGAACCUGCUGGCCCUGCAGUAUGGGAUGUGCCAACGGCACUGCUGGAGACGCUACUACACCUCACCUGAGGGAGACCGUCUGGUCCAGGGGACUGAGGGCCCUCCUGAGAGCCUGGUGACGGUGCUGCAGGUCCUGGAGGUAGACUACAGAGAGAUGAGGAGACGGGUCCUGUCAGGUAUACCCCUGGACCAGCUCAGGCCCCUGUCUGUCGACUCCCAGAGGAUCACCUCAGGGACCAGCUAUGUCCCCCAACAUAUAAUUGACGAGUCUUUGGGAAAUGCUCUGUCUGAUGCCUCAGGUAGGAGCUCUCAGCAGUUGCAGGUAGAGGAUGCCCGUGUCGACGACGCCAGUGUAGGUGGUGAUGGAGAGUUAAACAGACCCAGUCUGUCCCAGUCUGUUUUAUCAGUCCUUGGACAGGAUGAUGGGAUGGUUGGCAGGAUCAAGGCAGAAGGGCCCAUUGGUAAACCAAAGGCUGAGGACUGCAGAUAUGUGAAAGCGGUCAUCCACCUCCCCCAGCAGCCUGUGGUCAACCGGAGGCCCAGGCCAGGUGGAACCAAAGACCACAACUCCAGCGAGGCGUGGUUCGAUGCAGAGGAGGACCUUGAGCCUGAUGGUGUAAAGCUGAAGGAAGGAGGUCUGGCUGAGGUCCUGGUGGAGGAAGGAAAUGGCAAGAAUAGGGUUGAGGGGGAAAAGCCGCAUGACCGACAUACCCCUAAAGAUUUUUCCUUCACGGGAGUCGUUGGGGAGAAGGAUCAGAGCUCCUUCCUGUGCGUCACAGACCUUCCCAGUGAUGUAACGGAGAGAGAAGUUAUGCUCUGGUUUGAGAAGUAUCAGGCUUCUGAAGUGAGCAUUUCCACCUUCAGCAACAACCUCCGAGUUGCCAUAGUGACUGUGAGUGGUCCAAAGAUGGCUGACAGUGCAGUAAGUGAGAUGGACGGGUGCAGUAUGCAUGGACAGACGGUGCAUGUGGCGCACAUCUGCAGCCCAAGCCACACUGGUAACCAGAGCCAGGGUCAGGGGCGGCAAACCCAGCAGCAGCAUAGUCCCUCAGCCAGCACCAAGGCAGGGCCCUCUGGAGACACUCCAUGCCACCAAGACUCCAAGAGGAGAAACACCCAUAUCUCCACCCCACUGAUGCCCCUGCAGCUCAGCCUCCAGAAGAGGACCACCGUGUGUGACUCCCCCACGGCGUCGGGGACCUGUGUGCCCCAGCACUACGCCACCAUGGGUAGCUUCGAUACACUGAUGGCCCAUUUGUCAUUGCGCCACCCAGAGGCAGGGAGGCAAAGGAUUGUAGACGCCCUGCUGGAGCUGAGGGCCAAACACCAGGGGUUCCUCAGUGGCCUGCCUCUCAAGACCAUUGUAAACAUGACCUCUGACCUGCUGACACGAUAAGGACUCCACUUUCUAUUCCAUUGUUGAUAUUUGCCUUUGUUGGAAAACAGGUUACAGGUUUGCCCAAAGCCGGGCUUUUGAUUUACUUGAAUGUAGUAAACAACUUAUCCAC